CUUUAUAUUACCAGAUUAUGGAAUACCUCCUUAUAUGGAGUACCAGAUUUAAAUGAUGGGUUUAUUUUCUCUCUGUCAAUGUUAGAGCCAAAGCUCUCGGCUUUUGAAGCUCUCUCUCCCCUACUCUGCGUUUUCAGCGGUCCAAGAAGCACAGAUUAUCAAAUGCACGAAUGAAGAUUUGAGCAUAAGGGCAGAUAACUCAUGUACAAAGUAUUAUUGCAAGAGUUUGAAUUACAUCAAAUGGUUCAACAAACGACUGAUUCUAAGUUCAGUCACUAUGGGCCGAUGAAUACUGAAACUGGCUUGCCUCAUCAUGAUAAGCAACAACCGGUGCCGGUAACUGCAAAGAAGGCAGCACUAAGAGAUUUGCAGAAUGAGAACAGAAUUUUGGUUCCCAAAAUUACAGGAAGCUCUGAAUUUUCAAAGGACAGUGAUGCCAUUAAAGUCUCUGGCACUAAAAGAACUGCACCUGAGUGCCUGGUUAGCCCCCCUCAUCAACAAUCAUCAAUCAGUAAUGCUGCAAGUGGACAUCUAGUGUAUGUUCGUAGAAAAGCGGAAGCAGAAUUAAGUAAAAGUAGUACCUAUGAUGACACAUGCAGGAAUGAUAAUUGUCCACAAUCAGGGAAACUUGUUGACCAGGAUGAGACGACACAGCAAAAAUGCCAGAUGAAAGAAACUGAGAGUUGUAAUUUUGAAGCUGCUCCUAUUCCUAGGGAUCCUUUGAUGUGCUUCUCGUCUCAAAAACUUUCAGUCCCUCCUUCUCUUGGAAAGUCCGGUAACAUUAUAACAUCCGCAGAUUCAAAUUAUGUUACCAUUACUUCUGCUAUCCCUUCAUUGGCCUAUCCGAAAAGAAUGAAUAAUCAACAUUCGGAAGAACGAUAUCGCCAAUUGCAGAUUUUACUGAAAAAUUUGGACCAAGCAAAUCAAGACAGUUACAUCCAGAUGCUUCGAGCCCUCUCUUCAGUUGAACUUAGCACACAUGCUGUUGAACUGGAAAAGAGAGCAAUUCAGCUUUCACUGGAGGAAGGUAACAUCGAAAGAGAUGCAACGUGUUCAACAUUUGAAUUUCUUGGGAAAAUACUCGAAGAAUUCUUGAGACUAACAACUCAUCAGUAUCAUUCAGAGGAUUUAGAGGUUGCAAUGAUCAACCUGGGGGGGUACAUUGUGUUCUGCAACUGACUUAUUUUUCCAUGUCUUUCUGCAUUGGUCAUCAUCCCUUUGGUUGCUGGUAAAUUACUGUAAUAUUCUGGUUACUCUUUCUGCUGUUUUCUUGUAGUGAAACCUGUUGAAGGUUCCAAAUAAUGAUUUCUUUUAACUGUCAUUUGUCCGUUCUGUAAAUUUAUCCAGUGCACUUGUUACUGUAGCUUCUGUUUUUAGUGUGUGUGGUGUUCUAUAAUUUCAUUUGGUCAUUGAAAGAGUGUCAACAUUAUUAUUAUUUAUUAUUAUUUUUAAAGUGUGUCAA